AUGGAACCAGCACGCCCCGUUCCCCGUUUACGUUCAGUGCACUCGAUCGCGGGGCUCCUUCUCGUAGGCACCGUUGCGUCGCUGCUAGCCAAGAUCAUUUACGGCGUCGAGAGUACAGGUAGAGACGGGCGAAUUCGCCCUUUUCGAAAACCGUUGUUUGAGGUCUUUUCCAUGUUUCUCGGAAUGAGUCUGUGCCGGCUUCUGGAGUGGAUCCAGCCGCCGGAGCAGCUACCACCGGCUCUUCUGGCGCAGACGACUAGCAGCGCCUCAGCGGAUCCACUGGCGGACGUCCUUGUGCGCUUGCCAUCACCAUGGUGUGAGCUGCUGCUCAAAGCACACCACUGGCUUGGUGCCCUCACACCAGCAGCUACCCACGUGAUUCUGGUACCCGCUGUGCUAGAUGCAGCAGCAACCAUGCUCAUGUGCACAGGUCUCUUAUUUGCGCCAGUCUCUGUGUAUCAAAUGCUCCGCGGUAGCAUGCUGGUGUUCUGCGCUAUUUUUUCAGUAACCCUAUUGCGGCGGCGACUGCACCUGUACAAUAUCCUUGGUGUUGCGUUGGCUCUCGGGGGAAUUACAACCGUCGGACUCGCCUCUGUGGCCGGGGAGGAGGACCUAGAAGCUCGCGGAGCGCUUCUGGUUGGCAUCCUGCUCAUGAUUGCUGGCCAGGCGAUGCAGGCACUGCAGGUGGUCGCCGAAGAGCACCUCCUGCAAAACUUGCUGCUGCCGCCCAUGCAAGUGGUUUUCUACGAGGGCAUCUACGGAGUCGCACUGUGCCUCUGUAUCAUUUUCCCACUUGCAUACAUUCUUCCGGGCAACGAUUAUGGACACCGCUGGGAGGAUACGCUGGACUCAUUGGUGAUGAUCGCCCAUUCGGGAGUCCUGGUGUUGAUCUUGCUCUCUGACGCCACCUCGAUGCUGCUAUUCAACAUGUUCAGUAUGAACGUCACCCAGCUGAGCUCUGCACUCUUCCGGACCAUGCUUGAAACGCUCCGCACCUUUCUGGUUUGGAUGAUUGACCUGUGGAUCUAUUAUCGUUGGAGCGAUGGCCGCUUCGGUGAGGCCUGGACCCGCUACUCCUGGCUCCAAGUUGUCGGCUUCCUGGUCGUCGUCGCCGGCACCUGGCUCUAUAGCCAGCAUCCAGUAUCCAUUGGACCGGAGCCCGCUCCAGAAAUGGAGCACUCCCGAGCUUCGACGGAAACAACGCACGCGCUCGCAAAACAGAUGUUGCCUGACGAGGAACUUGAACGCCUCCUGGUCGAUAGAGACCAUGUUCGUUACAGCACAGGCGAGACGACGGCGGCCCCGACGAGUAUGUCGCUCUCGCCCGAGGCCGGCGAAAGCGUCGGUGAAGUUGCUGAACGUGAAAGCAUGCAGGCAAGGGAGCCUCGACUGCUUCGCGAACGUUUGCGCGCUAGCCCCGCGACGUCACUCUACGGCACGUCACCUGCGUUUUUCAUGCACCACGGUGGUACGAUUCCAGCUGUCUACGUCGGAUCACCUCUACCCUUCGCUACGAUAGGAUCGCAACGAGAGGCCCGACUCCGGCGAAACAACCUAUCCAGAACCGCAUCAUCGGCUUCAGUCUCCGAUGAGGAUUCAAAUGCGGGCCCAUAA